CAUCCGCACAAGUAUCCAAGAGAGCCGAACGCGGAAGUCGAACGUGAUUUGACUGUUCCACUGUAAUUAUCUGAGAUUUAUUACUUAUUAUGACUGUCAACUAUUUUACAUAAAGCCAAGACGCUGUAGUCAGUUGUUUAGGACUGAAGAGAGAGUAAAAGCGAGAUGUCAGACAGCGGCAGAUCAGUCGCCCUGCUGUCAUAUGAGACACUUGUGCAUGCGGUGGCAGGCGCAAUGGGCAGUGUGACAGCAAUGACAGUGUUUUUCCCUCUGGACACAGCCAGGAUCAGACUUCAGGUGGAUGAGAACCGGAAGUCCCAGUCCACCCCCAUUAUCCUGGCUGAGAUUGCGAAGGAGGAAGGCAUAUUGUCUCUGUAUCGAGGCUGGUUUCCGGUCAUUUCUAGCCUGUGCUGCUCUAACUUUGUCUACUUCUACACAUUCAACACCCUGAAGAGAGCGAUGGUCUCAGACCGGCCCAAGCCUGCCACAGAUUUGCUCAUGGGCUUCAUAUCAGGCGCUGUUAAUGUUCUCCUGACGACUCCCAUGUGGGUGGUGAACACACGGCUGAAGCUGCAGGGGGCAAAGUUCAGGAACGAAGAGCUCCAUCAGACACACUAUAAGGGCAUAUUUGGUCAGAACCGCUCACACACUCAUUUAUCUGAUGACGUUUAAACUCCAAACCGAUGU